AAUUGUAGGUUCACAUUAAGAUGUCUCAAAAUAAAAAGCGCAAAAUUGAUACCGAAUGCCGUGUUUUUAAUGAUAAUUGGAGUCUAAGUUAUUUUUUAUCGAGUAUCGAAAUAAAGCUAUGUGUUUGAUAUGCUACGAAACUGUGGCGGUAUUUAAAAAAUUUAAUAUUAAAAGACAUUAAGAAAGUAAACAUCAAAACAAUUACGUCAAUUGUGAAGAUGAUUGUGUAACGCAACCAAAACACCAAAGUUGUUUAAUUGUAGCAGUAAGAGAAAAUUCUUUGGUAUAUCAGGCUAGACCUUGUGAACGACAAAUCGAUUCAAUUAUCUUCACUUCCAUCAAAUUUAAAUUGAUAGUCAAGAUAUGGAUAAAAAUCUUCAUUUAGAAGUUAUUGACCUCGAUACCGAUGACGACUGUGAUGUCGAAAUAAAUUCUGGAGGAACCAGCAUAGCUACAGUGUCUGAAAAAAUAAAUUUAAAUCGCAUAACCUAUAUUAAAUCGAAUCGUCAAAAUAUAAUUUUUCCGGGAUACAAUACGAAGAUUUACACAGAACUAGUAAAUUAUAUUUGUAGUAAACAAAAGACUGAUUUACUGCAUUCUUCACAAUGUUGUGAUUCUAAAAUAGAAGAUUUAUUGUAUGUAUUCAAUCCACGAACAUGGCUUAAUGAUCGCAUGAUCGAUCAUUAUUUUACCCUUUUAACUAAAAGUGUUAAGGACCAUUCAAUAAUGAGCUUGGAUCCAUUUUUUUUAAAUUGCUUUGCAAUAUAUGGAAUGGAGAAAGCUACAAAAUCAAUAAAAGGCACAGUUAAAAAUAUAUUUAAUUUUGAUAAAGUGAUUAUUCCGACAAACCUACAAGAUAUUCAUUGGACUUUUACUGUGGUGGAUAUGAAGAAACAAACAAUAACUCUGUAUGAUAGUAAUAGUAAAAAAGUAAAUUUUUAUGAAUCUGAAAUUUGCUUAUUGCUGGAUUACUUAAAUGACGCAUACAACUUUAUAAGGAAGCCAUAUGAUAAACCGUUUCAAUGGAAAUUACGCCACGGGAGAUCUCCAUUGCAGAACAAUAAUUAUGAUUGUGGCAUAUUUACCUGUACAAAUGCCCGACAUGUCUUACUCGGAAAAUCAUUAUAUUAUAGUCAAGACGAUGCUCCACUUUUAAGACACAGGAUCACAUAUGAAAUAUUACAUGAUGUAUUGUUACCUACUCCUUAAUCCUACUCUCUUUUACCGAAUAUUCAUUUUGUAUAGUUUAUAAAAUUGUAAUAUAUUAUGUUAUAUUAAUUAUUAUGUUAACUUCUUGAAA